UGCCUAGGCCCCCCAAGCCCCUGGGAUUGCAGGUAAAGAUACUAAGCCGGUCAGGUGAUUUUCCCAUCUAAACAAAUGCUGAGUCAAGAACUAAUUUCUCAAAUUUACUAGGUUUUCUCAGCUUUUCUGACCAUCUGUAAUCAUUAUCAGUAGCUAGUGGUUUACUCCUUAAGUAGUAAAGAAGAAACAUUAACUAGGAGAAAAUGUCAAAUCUAAAAAUGAAAGAGGCAGCCCUUAUCUAUCUUGACAGAAGUGGAGGUCUCCAAAAGUUUAUAGAUGAUUGCAAGCACUAUAAUGAUUCAAAACAAAGUUGUGCUGUCUAUCGAUUCAAUAUUUUAAUAAAUCCUUCUGAUGUCGUUGAAUUAUAUGCUGAACUUGGAAAUCACAUUUUACACUACCCAUUAAAAGCUGCUCAAGUUUUUCAAUCAGUUUGUUUUAUUGCUGUUAAGACUCUCUCAUUAAUUGGACAAUUACAGACUGAAACUCAAAUUAAUAUAGUGCUGAAAUUAACACACUUACCUUUCCUGCCAAGUUAUUGUCUUGAUCUUUGUGAGUUUCCACUUGAUUAUACAUCUCAGAGAUUUUAUAUGAUGCAAGGAAUUGUGAUUGCAAUAACAACUGUAACCAAGUAUACCCAAGGUGCAAGAUUCCUUUGUUCAGAUGAAACCUGUCCUUUUUCAAAAGGAUUUCAAUAUAUAAGAGUACAUGUGCCUGGUGCUACAGAAUCUGCAACAGUAAGAAAUGACUUUUUGUGUAAUCUAUGUUCAUCUUCACUCCAAGAAGACAGAAAAUUUAGAGUGCUUGGUGAUAAACAGGUAGUUGAAAUAAUUACUACAAAAGCACUUCAUGCUUUUCAAGGACAUUCAAAAGCCCAGUCAUUUAGGUUUCAAUCACUUACAAUUUUCCUAAGAGAUGAAUUAGUGAAUAAAAUGAACAUAGGAAAUGAGUAUAAAAUUAUUGGAAUUCCAACCUGUGUCAAAACCUCACAAACUACUGUCUGUAUAGAAGCAAAUAGCAUCACUCUUUGCAAUCUAAAAGUUCCUUCAGGAAUUAGUGACAACUUCAGAUGUCUCCUCUCCUUGACUUCUAGCUCAUGCUGGAAGUUUACAGCAAUACUUGCCAAUAUCUUUGCAUCACAAAUUGUUCCUCCUGGGACUUACAAUUUACUCAAACUCUGUUUGUUGAUGAGUCUAGUACAGACAAGUGACCGUAACAAGGAACUAGAAGAUUGCCUGGAUAUUUUAAUUAUAACAAGUGAUACUCUACUUGUAGACAGGCUUUUGAAUUUUAGCAUAAACCUUUUUCCCCGUGGUAUACACCAUCCGGUUUCUACUGAAAUUUUUCCUACUCUAUCCAGAAAUAAAUAUGGAACUGGAGCAGUUAGCAUUCAAGCUGGCAGUGCUUUGUUAGCUAAAGACAGUAUCUGCUUUAUAGGAGACUUGUCUUCACAUAAAAAAGAUAAACUUGAACAACUUCAAUCAGUUCUGGAGAGCAGAAGCAUUACAGUGUACAUCCCAGGAAAGAAGUUUGGGGAUGAUAUUGAUCAACAAAUGACUUUUCCAGUUAAGUGCAGUUUUUGGUCUUUUGUUGAUAUGGAUUCAUCUUCAAGGAGAAAUGCACAGAAAAACAACAAUCUAAUUGGUCAGAUGGAUUGCAGUUUGAUUCCAGGUAACCUUGUGGAGACAUUUGGAUUAUUGAUUAACUGCAAUGAAUCAUCUCCUUGCCACCAACUUUUUCCUACUAUGCAACAUACUUUAAAGAAAGCUAUUGAUCCUGAAGGGCUCUUUUAUUUUGCUUCUAAACAGUUCACAACUGAAGAUUUUGAAAAGCUACUGGCUUUUGCAAAGAAUUUGGAUGUAGAAUUCAGCUUGGAGGCAGAAAGAAUGAUUCAUGGCUAUUAUCUAGCCAGUCGCAGAAUCAGAACAGAUUUUAUAUAUGGAUCAAAACUGUCAGCAUCUGCAUUAAAAUAUUUAGUUUCCUUAUCUGAAGCCCAUGCACGACUAAACUUAAGGAAUAAAGUGCUCAAAGAAGAUGUACUAAUUGCAGCUUUAUUAUUUGAAACAUCUCUCACAUUGAAAUAUGGGGCCACUGUAUUUUGUGUUGCUCCAAAUGCAGUAUUUCCCUUUGAACUGUAUAAUGAAGAAUAUUUACAGCAAAGGGAUCUCUAUCUGACUCAGUGCCAGAAACAGCUCCAACAGUUUAUAGACACAUAUGGACCUGGAACAGCCGUUUUCACUAGCGAUGAAUAAGCAGUUUGAGAAAAUUUCCUUGUCAUUUCUACUUAAGC